GUUUGCGUGGUGGUGGCGACGGUGUGUAGAAUGGAGAGCAGCAAGACUGGCAAGACCACCUCCUCCUCUGCCGAGGACAUGACGUCACGCGCAGAAGGCAGUGUGGGUAGGAAACGUGCUUCUGUGGUGCUGCAAUGUGGUGGUGAGGAGGCUGGAGGAGACGCUAUGGCGGCGGGCUGUUGUGGAACAAAGAAGCAGAAAAUGAACAACAAUAACUCUACUCCCUGCUGCAAUGGGACGAUUGUUCAUCCCAAUCAUAUGCAGCCCAGUAUAUACAAAAACAAUAUGGUCGUCUGCGUGGAGAUGUGCUUUUUUUGCUUCGAUGUGCUCUAUUGCCACCUGAACCAGUUCGAGCCCCCAAAGACACCGAAUUUCCCCAACGAAUGCUACCCGCUGUUUGUCACAUGGAACAUCGGGAAAGACAAAAGAUUGCGAGGCUGCAUCGGAACCUUCAAUGCGAUGAACCUUCACUCGGGUCUUCGCGAGUAUGCAGUCACCAGUGCUUUCAAGGACAGCCGCUUCAGCCCCAUCACACGGGAGGAGUUCAGCAAGCUGCACGUGUCCGUCUCCAUCCUACGGCACUUUGAGGAUGGCACAGAUUACCUGGACUGGGAGAUCGGCAUCCAUGGCAUCCGGAUAGAGUUCCUCACAGAGAAGGGCUCCAAACGGACAGCCACAUACCUGCCAGAGGUCGCUCCCGAGCAAGGCUGGGACCACAUCCAGACCAUUGAUUCUCUGCUGCGCAAGGGAGGCUUCAAGGGUUCCAUCUCUCAGGACCUGCGAAAGUCCAUCCAUCUAACGCGCUACCAGAGUGAGAAGGUUUCAAUUAGUUACCAAGAGUACCGGGACUAUUGGAGGAAUCGCCAGUGCUAACGAUGGCCCUCCGCUAGGCCCCCCCUCCCUGUUAACGGUGCCUCCGACGACCGCUCAACUUCUUGGGUACUUAGCGAGGUUGUCGCAACACUGCCACAAGCUUUUUACGACUGUGUUCGUUUUCUGGACGCAGCUGUUUGUUUGUUGAUCAUAAUCACUCAUGUAUUAUGCACCAUAUUUCUGUUUUCUUCCGAUAAAGAAAUAUAGAGAAAGCUGUGGAGGUGAGAACCACACGCAAAAAAAGAGGAAAAGCUCGGAGAAAGAACAAAAAAAAAGCAGCUGUGUGUCUGUAUGCACGUCUUGCUGGUGUCGGGGAAAGGUGUUGUCGUGUUACGGAAUAACUUUUUGCUAGACUUCCUUCCAAAUCUCUUUGCAUAGAUAGUGCCGAAGCAAUAAGCAAUUUCGGAACAGAAAAUAUUUUAAAACCGGCCAUUAUUGGGCUCGUUGGAAGCUGUUUACGUUGAAGAAGAAUCAUUAGAUGUGCUCUACGUGUUGACUGUUUGCGAGGGUUCGUCACCACCAUCUUUCAUAAUCAAGUUUUCUCCAAUCAGUUGAAUGUCGAUUCUUGCAUAGUGCUAAAAGUGAGUGACUCUAAACCAUUGAGAUCUGCCACGGAUAACUUAUAGACGACCGCGAGAAUAAUUUACUAGGAGUUGUAGGACCAGCGCGCAUAGGCUAUAACAUACAGCACUCGGUGGAUUUCUGCAGUUUUGGUCGUGCCGUUAUUUCACGACGCCCAUUUUUAAACUUGUGUUCCGUUGAGGACUGUGUUCCACUGCUGGAGUAGCCUUUUUUGCGUGGUCCGAGCAUUUUGUACUACAAUAAUUCUGUUUGAGAUUAAACAAAAAUAAAAUUUGAUAGAGAAUAAAAAUAAAAUCCUUCGUUUCACAAAGGGGUUCCUUCCUCAAAUACGCUGAAAGUCGUAGUUAACGUCAUUAACUGCCGUACACGUUGCAUGAAACCAACUAUCUGAAGAGGUACAAUAAUUUAGUUUCGGCAUUUGAGGACUAGACCAUUUGUGUACUAGAAGCAGUCUCUGUACGGAUCUGGAAUUUUGUUUGAAAUGUGCUCGAAAAGCAAUUGUUCUGACCAGGAGUGACUUGCCAGGUGGGAAUGUUGUUUUGAGAGAAAAAAAAAAUAUGGAGAGAGAUUUUGUAGGCCCAUAAAGGCUGACUCAAGUCCAAGCCCCAAGGUCACCUUGUGGUUGGCUUUGUGUACUCUACAUUUGCGAGUGAUGAUUGUUAGCGUGCCAGAAAUGUACUUAAAAAAGUGAAUGGCAAAAGUAAAUGGAUGUCUUUUUGUCUA